CGUGGCGCCAAGCGGGCAGGGACACGACAGAGGUGAGAGGGCGAGACACAAGACAGCCGCGCGAGGCGUGGGGAGGGGUGGCCGGGAGCAAGCCCCGAGGCUCGGAGGGCGUGAGGAGGCGUCUGGCGACCGCGCGGCAGGCCCAGAGCAGCGGACGACGGCCGGCUGAGGCAAACAGGUCCAGGGCCAGCGGCGGGACGCGUCGGGCAGGCAAGCGGCCCAGCGACGGGGAGCCGCCAGCCGUCACGCCGCACAGCCCGCAAGACGCGACCGGAGGAUCCGCGCUGUGCGGUCUGCGGCUGGGGGGAAGGCAGCCAUGGCCGGCGCCGCGGGCGAGGCGCCCGCGGUGGGGUGGGGGCGCGCUGAGCACCUCCCACCACCACCCCCCACCCCACCCCACCCCUCGGACCCAACCUCGAGGGAACUUGGCGGGGAGGUCGGGCGGAAGAGGGACACCGGAGACGCCGCCACGGGGCGCGGGGCAAGGGUGGCGGGGGCGCCCGGCCGAGGAUGGAGGGGCGGGCGGGAAGGCGGAGGAGAGCCGUCUCUCCCAGCCGACCCGCACUCUGCACGCCGCCCCCCCCCACAGUCUCCCGCGGGGCCCCUCCUCCCAGGCGGCUUUCCCUCCCUUACCUUCCAAAUCGGGCCAGGUUAAUGAUCCUUCCCCAGGUUCAACUAUGGAAAACUUGUCAGCUGAUCUGUCUAUAAUUCAGGGAUAAAACUACGACUACAGAAAGGAAAGAUGACCUGACCUAGGAUGGCCAAGAUGUUCUACAGAACCAGAGAAAACUGGUUAAAAUAAAAACCAAAAACAAAAAACCAAAAACAAAACUUUUUUUCUUGGAAACUGUAAAGCUGGUUCUUUUGCAUAUGAAUUAAAAACAGAGCUUGUUACAAAGGCCUGCCUAGGGCAGAGCUUGAAGUUAACCAUUUCCUGAGAAAACAAUGCCCACUUUGCCUGAGACCUCAGCCUUGGGCAAAUGAGAACUUCAACACCCCCCUCCCCCCAAAAAAGGGGGAGUCAAAGAGAUAUUUUCAAUCUUAGGCGGAAAACUAGAAGACCUCUGUGUGGAUUUCUGUAUGUCUCAGUGUGAGUCUUCUAUUUUUUGAUAAUAUUGCUGAAGCUGUGCGUGAGUUCCUAUUUAAAUAAUCUAAAGAAAAGGAAGCCCUCAAGAAAUGCAAAGAAAUACUCUAAUAUUUCUAAAUACAAGGAAAAAAAAAAAAAAAAAAAAGCUCUAAAUACAAGAAAAAAAAUGGACCUAAAUGAAUUUUGGAUUCAUGUGAAUUGGGAACUAGUCAAUAGUAAAUAUCUAGUAUUUUAUUGUUUUCACUACUCUAAUAUAGACAUGUUUAAGAGUCAUUAACAUUAAGCAUAAACUUUUCACAGUGCCUAGGUUUACUAUAACUUAAAUAUUGCUAUAUUGUUAUCUCUCUCACAGACUGGUCAACAAAGAAAGUACCUCUAAAAACAAACCAAAAACACUCCUAAAAAAUGGAAAUGCGAUAUGAGCUUUUAGACUGGUCAACAAAGAAAGUACCUCUAAAAACAAACCAAAAACACUCCUAAAAAAUGGAAAUGCGAUAUGAGCUUUUAGUUCCCCAACCAAGGACGAAACCUGCGCCCCGCCCUCUGCAUUGGAAGCAUGGAGUCUUAACCCCUGAACUGCCGGCGAAGUCCGAGGAAGCACACACAUUCUAGAGGGGCUAAUUCAGCAUUGAAAACAACCUUUAUCCCGUGCACCUGCUCAGUCGCUCAGCCGUGUCCAACUCUUUGUGACCCCCAUGGACUGUAGCCCACAAAGUUCCUCUGUCCAUGGCAUUUCACAGGCAAAAAUACUGGAGUGGAUUGCCAAGUCCUACUCCAGGGGAUGUUCCCAAGCCAGGGAUCGAACCUGGGUCUCCCGCACUGCAGGCAGACGCUUUCCCAUCUGAGCCACCAGGGAAGCCCCUCGCUAGGUACCUGGAAAGGGGGAGGCGGGCCACCGCCCGGCUUUCGACCACCACCGCCGCCGCCGCCGCCGCGUCCCCGCCCGCGGGCCUCGACCCUGCCGGGCCCGUGACGCACGGGGGCUCCCAGUGCGCCGGUCGACCGCCGCCCGGAGGUCCCCGCCGACGCCAAAAGACCACCCCCACAUCCCCCCGAAGCGGGCAGAGCCCUCCCCCACCACCUCCUACACCGGUACGGCCGCCCCCCCCCCCCCCCCCGCCGCGGACCCCGUCCUCUGCCCUCAACCACCGGGGCCCCCUACCCGCGCCCGCGGCCCAGGCACCCUCCUCCCUCCACCACCAAGGGCAGAGAGGACGGGAAGCGUGGCGCCAAGCGGGCAGGGACACGACAGAGGUGAGAGGGCGAGACACAAGACAGCCGCGCGAGGCGUGGGGAGGGGUGGCCGGGAGCAAGCCCCGAGGCUCGGAGGGCGUGAGGAGGCGUCUGGCGACCGCGCGGCAGGCCCAGAGCAGCGGACGACGGCCGGCUGAGGCAAACAGGUCCAGGGCCAGCGGCGGGACGCGUCGGGCAGGCAAGCGGCCCAGCGACGGGGAGCCGCCAGCCGUCACGCCGCACAGCCCGCAAGACGCGACCGGAGGAUCCGCGCUGUGCGGUCUGCGGCUGGGGGGAAGGCAGCCAUGGCCGGCGCCGCGGGCGAGGCGCCCGCGGUGGGGUGGGGGCGCGCUGAGCACCUCCCACCACCACCCCCCACCCCACCCCACCCCUCGGACCCAACCUCGAGGGAACUUGGCGGGGAGGUCGGGCGGAAGAGGGACACCGGAGACGCCGCCACCGGGCGCGGGGCAAGGGUGGCGGGGGCGCCCGGCCGAGGAUGGAGGGGCGGGCGGGAAGGCGGAGGAGAGCCGUCUCUCCCAGCCGACCCGCACUCUGCACGCCGCCCCCCCCCACAGUCUCCCGCGGGGCCCCUCCUCCCAGGCGGCUUUCCCUCCCUUACCUUCCAAAUCGGGCCAGGUUAAUGAUCCUUCCCCAGGUUCAACUAUGGAAAACUUGUCAGCUGAUCUGUCUAUAAUUCAGGGAUAAAACUACGACUACAGAAAGGAAAGAUGACCUGACCUAGGAUGGCCAAGAUGUUCUACAGAACCAGAGAAAACUGGUUAAAAUAAAAACCAAAAACAAAAAACCAAAAACAAAACUUUUUUUCUUGGAAACUGUAAAGCUGGUUCUUUUGCAUAUGAAUUAAAAACAGAGCUUGUUACAAAGGCCUGCCUAGGGCAGAGCUUGAAGUUAACCAUUUCCUGAGAAAACAAUGCCCACUUUGCCUGAGACCUCAGCCUUGGGCAAAUGAGAACUUCAACACCCCCCUCCCCCCAAAAAAGGGGGAGUCAAAGAGAUAUUUUCAAUCUUAGGCGGAAAACUAGAAGACCUCUGUGUGGAUUUCUGUAUGUCUCAGUGUGAGUCUUCUAUUUUUUGAUAAUAUUGCUGAAGCUGUGCGUGAGUUCCUAUUUAAAUAAUCUAAAGAAAAGGAAG